AUGGCGACGGGUCCAGCGACGCAAUCGCUCAAGUGUGUGGUGACGGGUGACGGUGCGGUGGGCAAAACAUGUCUCCUCAUCUCCUACACGACAAAUGCAUUCCCGGGCGAGUACAUCCCGACAGUCUUUGACAACUACACGGCCAGUGUGAUGGUUGACGGCCGGCCGAUCAGCCUGGGACUCUGGGAUACCGCCGGACAAGAGGAUUACGAUCGCCUGAGACCGCUAUCGUACCCCCAGACUGACGUCUUCCUGAUUUGUUUCUCCAUCGUGAGCCCACCAUCAUUCGACAACGUGAAAGCCAAGUGGUUCCCCGAAAUUGAACAUCACGCUCCCAACGUUCCCAUCAUUUUGGUCGGUACCAAGCUCGACUUGCGUGAUGAUCGCCACACAAUUGAAUCCCUGCGUGCUCGAAAGAUGGAACCGGUCUCAUACGAGCAGGCUCUGGCAGUUGCCAAGGAAAUCCGCGCACACAAGUAUCUGGAAUGCUCGGCCUUGACUCAGCGCAAUCUAAAGAGUGUCUUUGAUGAAGCUAUCCGAGCUGUCCUCAACCCCCGUCCACUGGCCAAGUCCGGAAAAAAGAACAAAUGCAUGAUCUUGUAG